AUGCUCCGCGACUGCUCUUGGUCUUGCCAUCUCGCCCCGUCCCUCGGCUGCACCAUGUUGCUCAUCAGAAGAUUUAUUACGGCCUGCACUCUGUUGGCAUGUUGGUCCUGUCAGCGGUGCUCCGGAUUCGUUUGCUCGCCGCUUCGGUCUGCACUGCUGUCACCUGUGGGGAUGAAGCAGCACAAACAUGACAAUCGCAGCAUCCGGCGAAGUGGCGUGACAAGGAUGGCGGCCGCUCCUACCGAGCUGUGGGACUCAUACCUCCAUGCUCUCGAGACAGCCCCGCUGUUGACCAAGUCCAUCACGGCGGGGUGCAUCUUCCCCGCCGCCGACGCCGUGGCUCAGCGGUUCGACACGAAGGGCCAGGACGACGGAGAGGUACAGCAGCAAUUGGACAUCGCGCGGACGCUGCGCUGGUUGUUCUUCGGCUUCGCGGUACAGGCGCCGUGGAACCACUUCUUUUACGUCUUCCUGGACGGAGCGUUGCCCCCGACCCCCGACCCUCUUUCGACCACGACGGCUGUGAAGGUUUUGAUCGACCAGUUCGUGCAAGCACCAAUCUUUACGGUGGUCAUCUUUGGGGUCCUCGGCCUUCUUGAAGGCAAGGCUGUGGCGGACAUCCGGGAGCAGCUGGACCAGGACUACAAGAGCACGAUGCUGGCAAACUGGGGAGUGUUCGUCCCCGCGGCUGUCGUGAACCUCGCCUUCUGCCCCCCGGAGCUGCGAGUCCUCUUCCUGAACGUGGUGUUCUUUGGGUGGACGAUCUUCCUCAGCACGGUUGUUAGCAAGGGCCCAGGGGAAGCAGUAGAAGAAGCCUAGAUUUCCCCGUUAGUCUUGAGGUGUGAAUCGGUUGCGCCGGAGGGUGAAACGGUGCGCGGGAGCGCGGCAAAACGGCGAUGGCAAAGGCGAAAGGCGCGGCAGAGAACGCCCGUACAAUGGGGGCGCACGCCUUUAUCGGUGGCCGACGCGCAGGCGGGGGGACAUCCCUCAAGCGUGACGUUGUUUCGAGAGGCAGCAAAACGCGAGUGUGCUACUGAGAUAGGGUGAAGGAGGCGCUACUGUAGCGGGAGCCGGAUUCGAGUGGUGAAAAUACGGUCUACGCUUGUACAGAGUACGAUCAUCGUCAUGAGGGCGCGGUUCGCCGUUCGUCUCCAGCUUGAACUCUGCUGAACGGUUGGAUGAACGGAAGCUCGGGCGCGUUUGGGCAGAGUGUUUUGUGUGCUCUCUUCCACUCGCGGCGCGCGGGAGGGAUGGAGACAGGGAGGGGGGCCCUUAGUUUCGUGUGCCUUGCUGGAUCGGCUGUACUGCUCACAAUACACUAGCCGAAGCACGCACGGGCGCAUGAUUAUGUGCU